AUGACUUCGAUUGGUACCGGUUACGAUUUAUCAAACAGUAUUUUCUCCCCAGAUGGUAGAAAUUUUCAAGUGGAAUAUGCCGCCAAAGCGGUAGAAAAUGCCGGGACCUCAAUAGGGAUCAAGUGUGAAGAUGGGAUUGUAUUUGCUACAGAAAAGCUCGUGAGCUCGAAGCUCUUAGUAUCUGGUGCCAAUAAGAGAAUCCAGACCAUUGAUAGACACAUUGGGGUUGUGAGUUCUGGGUUGGUUCCAGACGGUAGACACAUUGUCAAUAGAGGUAGACAGGAAAGCAAAAGUUACAAAGGUAUUUUCAAACAGCCUAUUUCCAUUCCACAAAUCGCCAGCAGAUUGGGUAAUUAUGUGCAAGUUUACACUACCGCCAACUCUGUCAGACCAUUUGGGAUCUCCACAAUAGUUGGGGGCCAUGAUUCACAAGGGUACCAUUUGUAUAUGAUCGAACCUUCAGGAGUGUAUUGGGGUUACCAGGGGAUUGCCGUUGGUAAAGGAAGACAAUCAGCCAAAUCAGAAUUGGAAAAAUUGAAGUUACCUGGUAUCAAGGUAAAGGAUGCCAUUAAAGAAGCCGCCAAGAUAAUUUAUACUGCCCAUGAGGACUUCAAGGACAAAGAUUUUGAAUUGGAAAUGAGUUGGAUCAGUGAAGAAUUCACCAAUGGAAGACAUGAAUUUGUUCCUGAGGAUUUGUUGGCAGAAGCUAAGAAGUAUGCUGAAGAAGAUGAAGACGAAGACGACGAAGACGAUGAAGACGAUGAAGAUGAAGAAAUGGCUGAGUGA